CGCACGUUUGCAAGAAUAAUUUAAAGGGGGACGAGUACGUGCGCGCACCCGUAUUCUUUGUGUGGCAGCGUAGAGAAGCGCCAAAAGAGUGACCAUGGCUGAUGAAAAACCAAAGGAGGGAGUGAAGACGGAAAACAACGAACACAUAAACCUGAAGGUAGCAGGUCAGGAUGGAUCUGUUGUGCAGUUCAAGAUCAAAAGACACACGCCGCUCAUCAAACUUAUGAAGGCCUACUGCGAGAGACAGGGACUGUCAAUGAGGCAAAUCAGGUUCAGAUUUGACGGACAGCCGAUAAAUGAGACAGACACGCCAGCACAGUUGGAAAUGGAAGAUGAAGACACAAUUGACGUGUUUCAACAACAGACGGGAGGCCUGUUUUAAUCAACCGCACAUGUCGUCAUUUUCUCUCAACACGCCCAACUUCCCCAGCCCCUGGAAAUCAGCGGCUGGCUCUUUGCAGCUCGUCCAGUUGUCUCAAGAGAAUUCCUUACAGAGGAAGUUUUCAUUUCUCUGCUACACUUAACUGCUGUAUAAUAAUUUCAUUCUUAUUCCUGUUACUACUCUGUCUUUGUAUAUAAACUACAUGCAGAUCACCUUAAGUUCUGGUUUUAUUUGUGCUGUUUUUGUGAUAAACGUUGAGGACCACUAGUCCUAGUUUGAAGGGUUUGUUUUAAAGAUGUUGACAGAUAAGACUAGUAAUUGGGUGAGAAUGGAGAUUGCUGACUAUUGAUCAAAGAUUGUUGAGCUAAGCUUGGUCAUUGUCCAGCAAAUCUGUUAAGGUAUACAGUUUUCACUUAAUGCAACAUAUAUCCAGUUUGGGAAGGGACUUCUGCUAUUUACUUUCUGUUGCCAUCAAAAAAAUAUAUUUGAUUUUAUAUAUUUUUUUUUUUUUUUUUUUUUUUUUUGUAGUAUUGAAUGUUUAGAGACGUGUCUUAAUUGUUCACUUGGCCAUUUCAAAUUUUGGGAAGCCUGAAGGGAUGUUUCAGUUAAUAAACAUCUGUGUUGUCUAUUAAAAUGCCUGUUAAAAUAAAGAUAUUGUCUUUU